AUGAAUUCCGAUGAAAUGGAGAAAUUACAACCUAUGUUCAAUCGAAUUACUAGAAUUCUACAAAGUAUCAUUUUACUUUAUGUGCAGAGCCAACAACUAAUAGAAUAAUUCCAAUCAAAUUUCUAUAAAAAAUGGAACUACUAUAGAAUUCACUUCUUGAUCCAACCUUGGAAAUUAAUUCAUUAGAUUAUGAUUAAUUAACUUAUGAUGAAUUAAAUUAAUUGUCUAAGUUGAAUAAGGAAUCAAAAAUAGAAUUGCUUAUAAGUCUGUUCAAUUUAUUCUUCAAAUAAAAAAAAGUAGUUGGGGAAAUAGAUAUCUUGGGUAAAAGUACCAUUUUAUGGUCAAGGAAAAAAAUUGAAAUUGAUUUAGACAUUAAGGAAUUAAUAAUUUAUCGAUAAAAUUCAAAGGAAAAACCCUAUAUAAUAGAUUUAACAGAAUUUCUUAUUAAUUAAAGAGGCUAUCUAAGAGGCAGAUAUCAAUAUGAAUUAUUAUGUAGAGAUCCUAACGCAUAAAUUAAAGAUAUCAUUAUUGGAAGUGAAGAUAAGGAAGAAAUUACUAAAUGGGUUGAAUAUUUCUUAAUUUGUUGCAAAUAAGAAAAUGUGGAACGAUCUAAAACAAUUUUAAUGAAAAAUGAAUUAUAAAGUGAAAUUAAUUCUUAAGAUUCUCGUGACAGAUAUGGUACUGCUAUUAUCAAAAAAAAAUAAGCUGAUGAUACCAAAAUUACUAAAUAAAUAACUACAUUAAAACCUUAAUAAUAAUAAUAAUAUAUAAAACCAGAAACUAUUAUCAUUGAAGAAUAAAUUUUUCAAGAAAAUUUACCUAAUAUCUUUGAAAAUCUUAAAGAUAAACUUAAUCUAGAUUUUUUAAUGGAUGAUCAUGAAUUUACUUUAAUUUCAUUUGAACACUGUGCCAGAAUCAUGCAAUCAAAUAUUAAUAAAAAUAAUUUUAGAGUUUAUGUAUCUUUACCAAGAACUUCUCUUGAAAUACUCAUUAAUUCUCUUUAUGAUACAUCCUCACUUAAAAAAUGGAAUAAAUAAAUUAAAUCUUAAUAAAUCAUACUCUAAGCAACUCCUUUCCUUGCUUAAAUUGAAGAGAUUAGAGAACCUUUAAGUUUUCUUUAUUAACCAAGAUCUUUCAAAUUCUUAAGAUAUAUAUAUCCAUAUAAAGACUCUUUCUUUAUUAUUGAGAAAUCUUAUGAGAGUGAUGAUAAUUCUGGAUAUAUUGAAUGGAAUAUUAUUGGAAUUUUUCUCUAAGAUCUAUAAAGUAAAAUUAUGAUUGUAGACACACUUGUCUAUAACAAAGGGUAUAUAACUUAAAAUUAAGAUUAACAACUUAUUUUAAAUUAUGUUUAAUAAUUUCAAAAUUAUAAACAUUUUUUAAAAGAGGAAAACAGAAGAUAGUAAAUAAGUAAUGUCAAUUUUCCAAUAUUUGUAAGUGAAGCUAUGACUUUAAUAAACCGUUAUGAAUAACUUAAAAAUAAAUCAACCAAAAAAACAUUUAAGUCUUAAGUUACUCGAUCAGCAUAUUAAGAUUUAACUGUAUCUCCAAAUUUAUCUUUUUAAGCAAGCCAAAUUAAUGAUAGUUUUUCCUUAGAUGAAGAUAAUCAAUAAAGAGAUUCUUUUCUUAAAGAAGAUAUACGUUCAGAUUAAUAAAGAAGAGGAAUAUAUCUCAAAAAUGAGAAUAUAAAUUAAUUUUAUCUAAUCUCUAAAUAUACAAAGGAGUCCUUAUAAUAGUUUUUAUGUGAUAGAUUGUUGGAUAUUGAAUAAGAGGUACAUCAUCUUUCAUAAAUUCAUUACUAUUAAACAAAACCAUAGAUGAAUAUUUAAUUAGAAAGAUAUGAAAAGAAUAAUAAUGGAUAACAUUUUUUUUAUUAAUCAGAUUGGAUAUAUGAUGCUUAAAAAGGUUUCUUGAAAUUUAUAAAUUAAGAUAAACUUGCUCAAUAGAAGAAGGUUUUUUAUUACAUCUUACAGAAAAUUGGGUAAAGUCUAUUAAGAACAAGUAUACUACAUAUAUGUGUUCCUGUUCAUAUAUUUGAGAGGAGAACUAAUCUAUAAAGAUUAGCCAGUUCUUUUUCUUAUGCUCCUCAUUUCUUAGAACCUGUAGUUAAUAGUACUCCACUUGAUUAAAUGAAAGCCUUAUUAGGCUUCAUUGUAUCUAUGAAUAUAUUAUAUCUAUCAUUAGAGAAACCUUUUAAUCCAAUCCUUGGUGAAACCUUUCAAUGUUGGAUUAAAGGUUGUCCUAUUUACUUUGAAUAGAUUAGUCAUCAUCCACCUAUUGCAGCAUUUAUGAUGUAUGGGCAUGGAUAUAAAUUUAAUGGACAUUUUGAAACUUAAGCUUCUUUAGGUUUAAAUUCUAUUACUGGUAGUAAUUUUGGUAAAGUUAAUUUGGAAUUUGUUAAUGGUUCAAAAUUGGAAUUUAAUAAUUGUAAAGGAUAUUUAACUGGAAUAACAAUUGGAGAUAGGAUUUUUUAUUUAGAAGGUCCUAUUUAUUGUAUUGAUUAUGUUAAUGAAUAUUUAGGAGAAUUGUACUUUAAUCCACCAUCUGGAUUGUUUGGAAAAAAAAUGGCUUUAGAUUAUUUUUAAGGUUCAAUUUUUAAAAUUGACGAAAAAGAGGUAGCCAGAUGGAAAAAAUUAGGAUAUAAAAAAUAUUAAGGUUUAAAUGGAUCUACUUAAAAAUAUCCUGCUUUAAGUAAAAUAGAUGGAUAGUAUUUAUAAUUUUUAAUAAAAUAAGUUGGUAAUCUGAAGGUAAAAACUUUAAUGUUGACGAAAGAAACGUUUUUAAUAUUAUGACAGAUUUUCCUUAUGAAGUUUAUCCUGAAUAAUAUCCACUUGCUUCUGAUUCAUAAAAUAGACUAGAUUUAGUUGCUUGGCAAUUAAAUGAUUUUGAAUUAACAAUGAAAAAUAAAGUAUUAAAAUAUUAUUAAUUUAUAGGAAUAUUUAGAAAACUAAUAAAGAAGAGAUAGGUAAUUAAGAAAUAAAAAAUGA